AUGCAACAAUUUAACGAUCUUGUUGAUCAGAAGAAGCCUUACGAGAAUCUUCCACUUCUUAUCAGAGUUGAUGGUGAAUUCGAGAUGGUUCACUUCCGCUCAGUCCCGGGCCAAAAGAAACCAUACAAGCCACUUGUUGAAGUUGCCAAGGUACAACCAGAAUUCAAACAUCAAAAUAUUAAGGGAUCUUUAAUUGGUUAUCGUUUUCCAAAGUACUUCGCUGCUAUGAAUCUUCCAGGAUACCACAUCCACUUUGUUGACGAUAAGAGAACAUGUGGUGGACAUGUUUUAGGAUUCAAACUUAUUUCUGGAAAAGUUUCUAUUGCAGAGUCAUCAGAUUUCCAUCUUCAUCUUCCUUCGCACUCAGAGUCUUUCAGAAAGUGCGAUUUUGAAGUUGAUAGAUCAAAGGAAACACAUUUCAUCGAAGGUGGAAGCCAAUAA